UGCGUACCCACAGAUCUCGCGAGAAGUCGAGGCGGCUUUCCUGGAUGCCGGAAGCGGCGGAGAUCUCCGGGUUGUCUGUUUCUCCCCCGGCGUGAUGCCGUCCUCAUUCUCGGUCAGAGCCUUCCCGGUCAGCAUCCCCGCGGUGAUCAUGGAGACAGACUGGACAGAGCCAUGGCUCCUAGGGCUUGUCGUCUUCCACCUGCUGAGUCUGCUCCUCACGUGCUUCUCAUCCCAGAGGUAUAAACUACAGAUUGGGCACUUCCUGUGCCUAGUAUUGUUAGUCUAUUGUGCUGAGUAUAUCAAUGAAGUGGCUGCAAUGAAUUGGAGAUUGUUUGCGAAAUAUCAAUAUUUUGAUUCCCGGGGGAUGUUCAUUUCUCUCGUGUUCUCAGCACCAUUGCUGUUCAAUGCCAUGGUCAUUGUGAUUAUGUGGGUAAAGAAGACUUUGAAUGUGAUGUCUGACCUGAAGAGGAUGCAAGAAAAGAGAAAGGAGAGGAAAAGGAGAAGAAAAGAAGAGUAACACCUAGCCGUUGCCAUGGACCUUGAUUUUCCUCCGACUUGGUUGUUUCCAGCUGUAAGCUGCAUGCACAUGGCCCAGAUGUUCCUCUGUCAGCUGACUCGUGGUUUGGAAAACGGAGCCCUCGCUAGCAUUGUUUUUUAAAAGAACUGGCGCACAUUGAUUGUGGGCCCGCGUCUGCAUGGUGGGAGCUUUCUGGUUCAGCCAUAGGAAGAGGCCUGCACAGCUUUUCCGAGUUUGCUGGUAGACCUCAUUAAAUAACUAGAGUUCACUCAACUUUGAGUGUGGACACUGAAAUAAACUGCGCCACCUUGCUGUGGCACCACUA